AUGGGACUUACAGGUGCUAAGCCAGCUGGAUCACCACUUGAAUUAAAUUCUAAGCUUACUACUGCUGUGUUUGAUCAACAUUUUGGUCAUGUGACUGAUCCUAUGUUGGAUGAUCCCACCAGUUAUCAAAGACUCAUUGGUCAACUGCUUUACCUGACAAAUACCAGGCCAGACAUAGCCUUUGCAGUCCAGGUCUUGAGUCAGUUUAUGCAAUCCCCCAAGGCUUCAUACAUGGCUACAACCCUCAGAGUAGUCAAAUACAUCAAGCAAGCUCCUGGUUUGGGCCUUUUUCUACCUGCACAGGACUCAUGUCAUUUAACUGCGUAUUGUGACGCUGACUGGGCAUCCUGUCCCAAUACUAGGAAAUUGGCUUACCAGAAUUCAUCAUACAUACCUGAUCUCCAAGCUAGGCUUGAAUAA